AUGCGUUUGUGGUCCUGCUGCUGCUGGAAAAGCGUCCUGGCAGCGGCGGUGACGGCGCUGAUGGUGGUGAGGGUUGCCGGGGAGAAAACGGAUCAAGCUGCUGGCAAUCAGCACCGCCGGCCAAAUGUGGUCAUUUUUCUGCUGGACGAUAACGGCUGGGGUGAUGCCGGCAUCAACGACAAUAGCGUUACUGAAACACCUUACAAGCUCGCCGAGCAGGGGCUCACCUUUUCGGAUUUCCAUGCAGCAGCCUCUGUUUGCACGCCGAGCCGCGCCGGACUGCUGACAGGACGAACGGCUGCGCGCACGGGUGUCUACGGUAAUUUCGAGCCCGCCUCCCUGUACGGUUUGCCUACGGGCGAGAAGACACUGGCCAACUAUCUUCAAGAGGCCGGAUAUGACACCCACAUGAUUGGCAAGUGGCAUCUCGGCGUGCAACCAGGGUACCAUCCAACCUAUCGUGGCUUCAAUACUUUCUAUGGACUGCCCUACAGCGGGGAUAUGGGAUGCAUUGAAUCGACACCACAAGGCUGCGAGCCCUCCUGGCUGCGAAAUGAGUCCCAGCCGGCGUGUCCGGCGCUCUGCUCGGCCGUGGAUGGGACCAGAGCAACCAGUCCAGCUGUUCCUCUUUAUGAUACCCAGGGCCCAGACUGUGAGGCUGCCCAAAACAAGACAUGUGACGAGACCAUUGUCCAGCAGCCGUACAAUCCACUGGCACUCAAUGGCCAGUAUACCGCGCGCGCUAUAGAGCUAAUUCAAGGCUUUGGAACGGAUCCCUUCUUCCUGUACGUGGCCUAUGCCCAUACGCACACGCCUCUUGCCUAUGAUCCCAUGUUUGCCAACGCUUCCACGCGUGAGGGCCGGGCACAGGUGUUUGGCAACACGUUGGCCGAGGUUGACGCCAGCGUGGGUGCCAUUGUUCGGGCGCUGGAUGUGGCUGGUUUGCUCGAGGACACACUCAUUCUCUUGAGCGCUGACAAUGGGCCCGCCAACCUGGGCUCCGUGGCGUGCGAGGCUGUGGGCUCACCGGGCCCGUUCACGGGCGAGUGGCAGCGCGCUUCAAAUGGCGGGCAAGGUGGUGCCACGCUCAAGUCGACGGCCUGGGAAGGGGCAGCCGUGUGGAAAAGCGUCAUUGCCAGUGGCACCAACACAUCGGUAUUGGCCAGCACGCUGGACUAUGUGCCUACCAUUCUCUCAUUGGCUAACAUCUCGCUACCUCAAGAUCGCAUGUUCGAUGGCGUGGACCUGUCAACACUGCUGCUCGACGGGCAAGCUCCCUUUGAUGAACGGAUUUUGUUCUUUCCAGAGGACGGCAACAUGGCGGCUAUGCGCUUCAACGAGUACAAGCUAUUUUACAAGACACGGGGCGUGGAGCCUUGCAUUGGCUCGCCAGAGCCCCGAACUGCUGGGCGGGCGUUGACGCAUGACCCCCCCCUGAUCUUCAACGUGACGGACGAUCCCCAGGAGAGCCGACCCAUAACGCUCAUGGGCAGCGAGCUGGAUUACGUGCUGUCACUGUGGCAUGGGUACUGGGAUAGCGUCAAAGGCACGAUGCGCUCGCAAACGAACUACUCGACCGGUGACGCCAGUGCAUGGCCUUGCUGCAACCGCGAGAGUCACUCGUGCAGCUGUACCGACCCGGUCAAGACGACGUCAGCAGGUCUUUCUUAA